GAGGUGUCGAGCGACCUGCGCGCAACCGCCCGAGGCCGGGAGCUGAGGCGCAGGCGGGCGGCACACCCUUCUCGGGUCUCCGCAGGAAUCUUGGGAAACCAAAAUGAGGCACAAUCAGAUGUGUUGUGAGACACCACCUACUGUCACUGUUCAUGUAAAAUCAGGGCCGAAUAGAUCACAUCAGCCUAAAAAAACAAUUAAUCUGAAGCGUCCUAUUUUUAAAGAUAGUUGGCAAGCAUCUGAAAAAAAUUCAUAUAAUAACAAAUCUAAACGCCCUAAAGGACCUUGUCUGGUUAUACAGCGUCAGGAAAUGACUGCUUUCUUUAAAUUAUUUGAUGAUGAUUUAAUUCAAGAUUUCUUGUGGAUGGACUGCUGCUGUAAAAUUGCAGACAAGUAUCUUUUGGCUAUGACCUUUGUUUAUUUCAAGAGAGCUAAAUUUACUAUAAAUGAGCAUACCAGGAUAAAUUUCUUUAUUGCUCUGUAUCUGGCUAAUACAGUUGAAGAAGAUGAGGAAGAAUCCAAGUAUGAAAUUUUUCCAUGGGCUCUAGGGAAAAACUGGAGAAAACUGUUCCCUAAUUUCUUAAAGUUAAGGGACCAACUCUGGGAUAGAAUUGACUAUAGGGCUAUUGUAAGCAGGCGAUGCUGUGAGGAGGUUAUGGCCAUUGCACCAACUCAUUAUAUCUGGCAACGAGAACGCUCUGUGCACCAUAGUGGAGCUGUAAGAAACUAUGACAGAGAUGAAGUUCAGCUGCCUCGGGGACCUAGUGCCACGCCAGUAGAUUGUUCACUCUGUGGUAAAAAAGGAAGAUAUGUUAGACUGGGAUUGUCUUCAUCAUCAUCUUCAUCCAGUGACACAGGAGAAGUGAUGGAAAAACACUCUCGGGAAUCACACAACUCAUUAUCAAAGGACAUAAUAGGUGCUCCUUCUCAUGCUUAUAGCUAUUCUCAAGUAGCCAAUGACCAUCAAUCAAACAAAGGAAAGAACACUAAUUUCAUGAAGAAAGACAAAUCCUUGGAGUGGUUUACAGGAAGUGAAGAAUGAGAUGGCUCAUCUAAGCAACUUGGAAUCAUUAGCUACAAAAACUAAAUGCAAGACAAAUGUCAAAAUGGGACAUUUAAGCAGUUUUGCAAUGUUGCACAUCUUUUUUUUUUUUUUUUACCUUUUGUUAUAUUUCAAACAUACGUAAAAGUUGUACAAAUCAUAGUAACAGCUAAAAAUAAUCUAUGAAAGUAGUGAUUUACAGCAUGAAGUUCUAGUUUGAUACUUUUCCAUCUUCGAAUAGGUUGCCAUCAUCUGGGGUACUCAGUUAAGUUGUGGUUUGAACUUCCUCAACUUGACAAGAAAAGCUAAUUUAAGAGAAGAAAAAUAUAAGGUCAUUUAUAUUACAUUAAUUAGAAGAAAAAAUAAUUUAAUAUGGCCUGAAAACAUUCCUCACCUGUAUGACCAGUUUGCCAAUGUAUAGGUCUGGCAAUAUAGGGAAAUGAUCCAUAUGGAAAAUCAGAAUGUGAUUCUUCUGUUGUAGAACAAAAUAUGUACUAUAAGCUCCAAAAAAUACUUUACAAUUUGUUUAUAGUAACUGUUAAAAUAUUAAUUACUAUCCCUUUAAGUUUUUUCCUCUCACACUUUUUUUUUAAGCAUUUAUUUUGGAUCUACUCUGCCAAGAUACUGUACAGAAACAAUCUGUCAAUAUUUAUGAUAACUUUAUAAUAUGGUUUUAUAACCAAAAGGAUAAGCCCAUAUCAUAAAUCAAUGGAUAUCGGAAAACUUUUCAUGGUCUAAAUAAUGUAUACAUAAUACAACAAGCUAAAUUUAAUUCUCUGAAGAAUUCCAGCAGCAUCUUAUGAGAUGCUUUUUGCAAUAACUAUUUGCAUAUCAGGUCAUAUUAAAUUCAUUCCCUUCAGCAAUAAUAAUCAGUGAUCUACGUUUUAAACAUCCUCUAGUACAUUUAAAUUAUUUCACAAACCAAACUCAUGGUGACAAAUAAUAAAUAUGAAUCAUAUACAAUGCUCAAUUCUUCAAAGAUACCAGAAUUUUGUAAAAGUACAAAAAGUGAUUAUUUUUCCUAUUUUUUGUGGGAAUUUUUUUUUACAUAAUGAUCAGUACACUCAGGAAUUCAUUUUCCACUUAUCACAAAUAGAUGCAUAAAAUAAAAUUGAAGCUUACCAUGGUCAUCCUCUUGAAAUACCCCACUUUCAACUCCAGUUUCCUUUUGGGAAUGUAAUUGUAAGUCUUUGUCAAUUUUAGGUUCUACCUUUUGAACUAAAAUUCCAUUUUUCUGUUUUGCAAGGCAAACCAACCAAUCUCUGACAAUGACUUCACUUAUCUUUUCACAUGAGAGAGCAAGUUCACAGUUGCGAAUUCCAUCUAAAAGUUCAAUAACCUGUGUGAUGCUUUCAGAAAAAUGAAAAGUGUACCUUUACAUUUCUACUUAAAUAAUUUUACAUUUAUUUUAAGUUCACUGUACCUCUUACCCAAAUUUAAGUGAUAUUACCCAAUUUUAAAUGCUAUAUACAGUUAAAUCAAGGGGGAAGGGAUUAAAAAUGCAAGUUAGGACACAAGUAAUUUCAGGGACUACAAAGCAAAAAACAGACAUUAACAUUUCUGUUCACAUUAUGAUCUGAAAACUUUUCUUCCCAAUUGUUGGGAGAAAUAAGUAUCUUAUUAAUGUAAAGGAUGAUUUAAAUAGCAAUAUAACUUAAUUUAGACCAUAUGUAUAUAUACUUAGUUGUUGAUGGACCCUAUUUUAUUCAUUUAGUUAUAUGUGGUGCUGAGAAUCAAACCCAGUGCCUCACACAUGCUAGGCAAGUGCUCUACCACUGAGCCACAACCCCAGCCUCAUGUGUCAUAUUUUUAACACUUUUAGGAGAUGGCUUUAGUUACAAUAUGAACAUAUAUACCUUAGUUACAAUAUAAACAUUUUAACCCAGUAUUUAGGGAAAAAGUGUAUUUAAAAAUCACAUUAGAAAGAAAAAUGGCCCCGUUACUUACUUUGCUAGAUAUACAACACAUAUACCACCCUGUUUAAGAUUUGGAUAUAAAACGGGCAAAGCAACUUGAGGGUUUAACAUAUCCAAAGCUAUCUGUGGGGAAGGAGGAAAGAAAAAUGGAUCAGUCUGAUUGCUUAAAGUAUGGGUUUUAAUUGUGGCGAAAUGACAAUUUUGGAAAGCUAUUACCCAGUUAAGGUAUUUCAUUUGUUUGAAUAUAGUGCUAUGAGAAUAUUAACUGUCAUUUUACUGCUCCCCAAAUGGCUGUGUUUAUCACUAUACAAUUUGUCAUAGCAUUUGACUGUACAUAAAAAUUAUAAUGGUAUAUCUUGUAUUUGGCAAAUAUUAAUACAGAAAUCUUUCUUUGGCUAUUUAUGUGUACAUGAAUAUGGACAAAAAUUUUUCUAUUAAUAUUGCCUUGUGUAAGACAUGGUAUUACACCAUAAGAAGUUAAAAUAUAUUUGAGGUCUUGUAAUUUCUCUUGCUAAAAUUAAUAAAUUUAAGUGCUUUAGUUCAGCUUUGGUAGUAGAAAUUCACAUUUUAAAUGUGUUUUAAUAUUUUACGUUCAAAGGAGAAGCUCUAAAUAUUAAUUUUGGAGGGUCUAAAAAUGCAGGAAACAUGCCCAUUAUUUCUUCUUUCUUUAUUCAAUUGUAUAUUACAGGGCUAAACUCACAAAAGAUGACAAAUAAGUACAAUGAGUAAAUGAAUGAUUGAAAUUUUCAAGUAAACAAUUAAUUAAAAAUAAAAAAUUCAGUCAAAAUAGAAAUAAAGUAACAUUUAUUGCUGGAUACUCCAGAAAGCUUAGAGUUGUUGGCACUUCUGUUGACCAAAUGAUUGAUGUAUUAUUGUUUAUGUUUUUUAACUACAGUAUGAUGGGGGCUGGGGAUGAAGCUCAGUGGUAGAGUGCUUGAUUAGGAUCCCUGAGGCCCUGGGUUCAAUCCCCAGCACUUCAAAAAUUCAAACAAACAAAACACCACCAGUACAUUAGACCAAGGGACAUCAUUCACUAAUUACCAAAUAUUUAUUCAGCACCUUUUUUACAUGCCAAGAAUUUCCUAAGUGGGACAUUAUCUAAGGGGAAAUUACAUUCUAUCUUGUUUUGUGAAAACUUAACAUUCUAAUAGACAAAGAUCUAGUAAAUAUAUAAGAAAGAGAAUCCUGAAUGACAUGAACUGUAACUAUACAGCAGAAUAAGAGGACAAAGACUGUCAGGCAAUGGAAAGGGGCCAUUUUAUAUAUGGGUUGGUCAAUGAAGAAACCUGAAGAAAAUGAUUUAUAAUGGAAAGUUAGGGGGAAGUGUUCUCCAGGCAGAGAAAAUAGUAAAUACAAAUGCUCUGAGGUAGUGGGCUACUUGGGGAGUCUGAAGGUACCACAUUGCUGGCA